AUGGAUAACUCGACAGACGCCGCCUUUGCGCAUCCUUACUACCCAGUCACCGCUGCCCUACCGCACUAUGUCGCCAACAAAAACUCCGUUCUCAGCUUGCUCGUAUUCUUCGGGAGCAUAAUAUCCUUCGUCGUCUUUACAGCCGUCGCGGGUGCUAGAAAUACCUAUCCCCAGCUGAAAGCCUCGGACCAGCUUACCGUGGCUUGGUUUGCUCUUUGCGGUUUCCUUCACUGUUUCUUCGAAGGAUACUUUAUCCUCAACCACAAGAGCCUGGCCAGUGACCAAAGUCUCUUUGGCCAGCUGUGGAAGGAGUAUGCACUCUCCGACUCUCGCUACCUGACCUCCGAUCCAUUUAUGCUCUGCGUUGAGUCCUUCACAGUACUCGUAUGGGGCCCCCUCUGCUGGGCCAUCGUCAUCACUACUGCCAAGCGGAACCAGUUGCGUUACCCAUUUCAGAUCAUCAUGAGUGUUGGGCACCUGUACGGCGUCGUGCUUUACUACUCAACCAGCUUGAUCGAGUUCUACUCCAACGGAGUAUCGCAUAGCAGACCUGAGUUUCUGUACUUCUGGGUCUACUACGUUGGUUUCAAUGCUCCUUGGGUCAUUGUGCCUGCGAUUAUUCUCUACCAAACCACGGUCCAUAUCAAGAGGCACCUCACAGACCGUGCGGACGUGGUGGCCAAGCUGAACAGGAUUGAUGGCAUUAUGGGCGACAAAUCUUGGCAGACGUACGUGCCUAAGGACGAGGAGAAGAAGACAAACUAG